AGACAGACACACACGUAUUCUUUGAGAUAUUACUCAGAGUAAUAUUAGCCUGUUUUAAGUUGCAUAACAAGAGUGCGAGUGUGGUCUUUAGUUCCUAUGAUCCAGAGAGCAAGUCAACUGUUCUAUGCGACCUCUCGAUCUGUCAACUUUCUUCACUUCCAGCCCCAUGAGUUUGUUGCAACAAUUUGAUCCAUGUUCCCUGUCAUCUAUAGAAGAUGAUCUAUUGAUUAAGAAGAUUCUCCAAACCCAUGAUCCUGAUCCUGAUGGUCGUGAGCUAGAUUCUAGUCAAUUGCUUCUUGUCAUUGAGAGCACCAUGCAUUUCAUCUCACCUAAGUUCUCUUAUCCUCGAAGCGAUUGUAUAAAUUCAUGGAAUUUCGAAGUGUUUGGAUUUGAAGGAAAGCUUGGAUACACCGUUAAUAAGAUCUCACAUAGGAUUCUGUGCAAAUGCUAUGAGGAUGGAGACUUACACGCAGAAACUAUGAUGUUGUUUGAAACUUUAGGCCCUUUCAAAUGGGAUGCUAAAGUAGUUUUAACACUUGCAGCAUUGGUGUCAAAAUAUGGCGAGCUUUGGCUCAUAAUGCAGCUAGUCCAUCACAACUCUCUGGCAGCUUUAACUGCAGCACUUAAGCAAAUGCCUCGAGAGUUAAACACGUUAAAUAUACAAUUUAAAGCUUUGAACUUGUUGUUCGAUACUAUGAUAGAGGCAGCAAAUCUCGUCCUCGAGUUUGAAGGCUUGCCUUUGCAACAACAACUUUUGGAUGAUGAGGCUAUUGUUGUUACAAAGUCAAAGAUGUACAUAACAAUCUACUGGAUUUUAAGAAGCUCAAUCUCAUGCGCUCCUCUCAUCGCAGAUUUCAGGACCAUGAAAGAUAACCAAGUGCAUGUUUUUUCCCUUCAUUUACUUAUUCAGUAUAUAAUACUUAUCUCAUAUUCUGGAAGUUACUUUUCUCUUCACCACAUGGACUGUAUUCAGCUUGAAAGAAGGUUUCCUGAAAAGAUACGCCAUCUUUUUGAACUCUCCCAUUGUCACAAUCAAGAGGUGCUUCAUGUGUUAUUCUCAUCGACAAAUGACUUACCAUUGAAAGAUAGUUCACGAGAAAAGUAUUUUGGCAUCCAAGAACUGGAAAACAAGGUGGUCAUACUCUUGAUCUCAAAGCCAGAACUCAUGGCCGUGGAGAAAAUAUUUUAUCUAGUGCACCAAAUGCAUGAUCAUCCCUUACAUAAAAAAAUUGGAGCAAGCUAUGCUAUUUUAUGGGUCCCAAUUCCAUCUUCACACACCUGGAAUUUGACUGAUGAAAUGAAUUUCAAGUUUCUGUCAAAUUCAUUGCCCUGGUUCUCAAUCCGAUGCCCGUGGUUACUACAUUCAGCUGUUAUAAAUUUUAUUAGAAAAGAAUGGAGCUAUAAAGAGGAACCCAUAAUGGUGGUAUUAAGCACUGAUGGUGUUGUCACAAACUUAAAUGCUAUUGAUAUGGUAUGGCUAUGGGGGGCCAAAGCAUUUCCUUUUUCAGCCUCAAGAGAAAAAGAGCUGUGGGAACAGGAAAACAAGAUCUUCCAGCUUUUAAUUGAUGGGAUUGAUCCUUUUUUGACCAAUUUGGUAGAUGAAGGUAAACAUAUUUGCUUUUAUGGAAGUGACAAGAUUAGUUGGAUCAGAGACUUUAACAACACAUUACAGAAAAUCAAAAAUAGCAUGGGAAUUCAGCUUGAAGCUAUUUAUGUUGGCUAUAGAAAUCCGCUUAAUAAAGAUGUUGGGAAUAUUUUAGACAUCAGCAUGGAAGAAAAUUCGAGUAUUUUCCUAUCUACGGCGAAGAUGAAGUUGUUCUGGCUUAGACUGGAGAGCAUAAAAAAUUCAGUUGCUAGACUAGAUCAGGCAGCUCACUAUAACAGCAUCAUACAACCGUUACUCGAUGCUUGUGAAACGUCGACUGAUUGGAUGAUAAUUGGAAAGGGAUCAUCAACUGAUAUAAUAAUCCUCAAGGGGAGACAAGUCCAAGAAUGCUUAAAUCUUGUUCCAGAAUGGGCACAAAAAGUCGCGAAAUUGGGGUUAUUUGGUGCUAUUCGAUGUGCUAUGGAAUCUCCUCUGCCUGUUAAACCCUGCUAUCACAAUGAGAUCCUUCAAUCUGAAGAAGGAUUGACUGAAGAAUUUGUAUUUUGCUCCCGCUGUAAGCGUCCUGUGGAAAAGUUUGUUGUCUAUCAGUGUAAUGUAACAGAGUCAGCAGAAGAGUAGGCCAAGAUUGAUUAGCUUUUGAAAUAAUAUAUGGUUUUCAUAGAGAGGUAAAAGAGUUUGCUUAUUAAGUUUUUGCACAACUCAUUGUAACUAGGCAUUCUGAUGAGUGAUAUCACCUUUAACAUCAAAUUUCAGAAACAAAUGUAAUGCAUGCAGUACCAUGCAUGUUUUGUAUUUCUGAUGA